CAUUGUUGUUGUUGUUUCAGUUUGUUGUCCACCCUUUUUAUCCAGCUGCUCCGUUCUUCCGAUAUUUUAAAAUCAAAAAUUACUUUAAAACUGUGUUCAUUAAUCCUUAAAUAUUAAGCAGCUUACUCCUCGCAGCAAUGUCCGAAACCGGACCGGUAAUCAAUCUGAACCGUGAGAUUACAAACCCAAACAAUCCGCUGGUGUAUUUUGACGUGAAAAUUGGCGAUGAAAAAGGUUUGGGCUCUAAUUACAUUGGUCGCUUGUUGAUCGAGCUGCGGGCCGAUGUGGUACCGAGGACGGCGGAGAACUUCCGGGCGCUAUGCACCGGCGAGCGGGGCGUGUCGCCGCUGACCGGCGUCAAGCUGCACUACAAGGACACCCGGUUCCACCGGGUCAAGUCGUUGUUUAUGAGCCAGGGUGGGGACAUUUCCGGCGGGGGAGGAAGUGGCGGCGAAAGCAUCUAUGGGAAAACGUUUGAGGAUGAGAACUUUACGCUGUUGCACGAGGACGGUGCCGUUAGCAUGGCCAAUCACGGCAAGGAGCACACAAACAACUCGCAGUUCUUUAUAACUUCCGGUGAGUGUCCCCACCUCAAUGGAACCAACGUGGUCGUAGGGUACGUAAUUCGGGGAAUCGGCAUCAUUGGGGAGAUGGAGAAGUACACCACCGAGGAGGGGGAACCGACGAAGGAAAUCACGAUCUACGACUGUGGCCAGAUUCCGGCAGGCGGCGAUUGGGGCAUCAACGACGCCGACGGAACCGUGGACACGCUGCCACCGUUCCCCAAAGAUUGGACCAAGUUCGAGAAUGAUUUCACGAUUUCCGAAAUGCUCGACCAGCUCGGUGCCAUCAAAGAGGCCGGCAACCACUUCUACAAGCACAAACAGUGGGUGGACGCCUGUCGGCGGUACAAAAAAGCCGAACGCUACUACAACUUCUUCAACAACAAAAUCCGCCAAAUCGAAGACCGCACCCGGCUGGAACAGUUUCAGCUGGCCAACUCGCUCAAUCUGGCCGCGGCCCUGCUCAAGGAAGCCGACCACGAAAACGUCGUCUUUGCCUGCAACACCGCACUGGUCAUCGAUCCGACCAACGCCAAGGCGCUGUUCCGGCGGGGACAGGCUCACAACGCGUUGAAAAACUAUGAACUCGCCAUUGCGGAUUUGAGGCAGGCGCUGGAGCAGAUUCCGUCGGAUAAGCUGGUGAUAGGUGAGCUAGCGCGGGCCCGGGCCAGUUUGGGCGAUUAUCGGGCCCAGCAGCGGAGUGCACUGUCCAAGUGGUUGCAGUGAAAAACUAUUUGUGGUUAAACCAUUUUUAUGUGAGUCAAAUAUAUAUUGUACUAAAGUGA